GCUGCCUCCAGCCGUCUUGUUUUCUUUUGCGGCAGCAGAAACGGACAGAAACGUGAGUUCAGGGAGAGUCUGAGGCGUCAGACGGACUUUAUGUGUUUCUUAGAGUUUAAAUGUUUUAAAUGAAGCUGCGGCCGGAAGCAGAAAUCAGCUGGUGACGCUGGAGUCUGGACACGUGGUGCUUUAGAUGGUGUUACGGUCUCUGGGGAUAAAAACAGAGAAAGCAGAAGAACAUGUCGAGACACAGAAAGAAGAACGGAAUCCCGGACAGGUGGCUGGACUACUCUGCGGUUGGACAGCGUCUCCACGGGACCCGAUUCGUCGCCUUCAAGGUUCCUCUGAAGCAGGCUCUGAACCGCCGGCUGUCGGGCGCCGACGUCUUCGGUCACUGGGAGCUUCUGGACGCAUUGAGCAAACAGAACCAGGAUCUGGGUCUGAUCAUCGACCUGACGUUCACCAGCAGAUACUACAAACUGCAGGACGUUCCUCAGUCGGUGCUCUGCGUGAAGAUCUUCACGGCCGGACACGAGGUUCCGAGUGAUGAAACCAUCCUGAGCUUCAAACGGGCCGUCUGCAGGUUCCUACGAGACAACGAGGACAACGAUAAGCUGAUCGGAGUCCACUGCACCCACGGCCUGAACCGGACCGGCUACCUCAUCUGCAGGUACCUGAUCGACGUGGACGGGAUGGACCCGGCCGCCGCCGUGCAGCUGUUCAACUCGUCUCGAGGCCACGACAUCGAGCGACAGAACUACCUGGACGACCUGCAGCGAGGCCCCAAGAGGAGUAACGAGGGGAUGGAGGAGCUGGACCAGGAGCCUCAGAGGGGUCAGUCUGCUCAUCCUCCACAUCUCGGUUCCUCCGACGACCGAGACGAGAGACGAGCUCGAAGCAACGACGCCUGGAGCCACAGGUCCGUUCCUCCUCCGGUCCAUCGCCCUCACCACCGCCUCCCCCUAACUCCCCCCCAACAGUUUCCGCGUUACGCAGAGAUCGUCCACCUCACGCUGCCUGAUGGAACCAAGAGGAGCGGUCAGGUUCUGGAGGUGACCGGGUCCAAAGCUGUGGUUCAGGUGUUUGAGGGGACUGCAGGCAUCGAUGCCAAGAAGACCAGCUGUGAGUUCACCGGAGACAUCUUGAGGACGCCGGUGUCUGAGGACAUGCUGGGUCGCGUGUUCAACGGAUCCGGUAAACCCAUCGACAGAGGACCUGCCGUCCUCGCCGAAGACUUCCUGGACAUCAUGGGUCAGCCUAUAAACCCUCAGUGUCGUAUCUACCCCGAGGAGAUGAUCCAGACCGGCAUCUCUGCCAUCGACGGGAUGAACAGCAUCGCCAGAGGACAGAAGAUACCCAUCUUCUCUGCUGCAGGGCUGCCGCACAACGAGGUGCAAACANCCCUGCCCCGGUACUCCCCCCGCUGGAGCCACGAGUCGGCAGAACCUCAGGAGUUCUGGGAGCCCCAAGUCAGGCACAGGACCCAGAACAGACACAGAACCAACGGCUACGACCACUGAGGCGCCUGUGAGAACGUAAAGAGAACGAUCGAGCGCAUCAUCACGCCGCGCCUGGCCCUGACGUCAGCCGAGUACCUGGCCUAUCAGUGUGAGAAGCACGUCCUGGUGAUCCUCACCGACAUGAGCUCUUACGCUGAAGCUCUGAGAGAGGUGUCUGCGGCCAGAGAGGAGGUGCCGGGCCGCCGAGGCUUCCCCGGCUACAUGUACACCGACCUGGCCACCAUCUACGAGAGAGCCGGCAGGGUGGAGGGUCGCAGCGGCUCCAUCACCCAGAUCCCCAUCCUCACCAUGCCCAACGACGACAUCACGCAUCCCAUUCCUGACCUGACCGGGUACAUCACAGAGGGACAGAUCUACGUGGACAGACAGCUGCACAACAGACAGAUCUAUCCUCCCAUCAACGUGCUGCCGUCUCUCUCUCGACUCAUGAAGUCGGCCAUCGGAGAGGGGAUGACCCGCAGAGACCAUUCUGAUGUUUCCAACCAGCUGUAUGCGUGUUAUGCCAUAGGGAAGGACGUCCAGGCCAUGAAGGCGGUGGUGGGAGAGGAGGCUCUGACAGCCGAUGACCUGCUCUACCUGGAGUUCCUCACCAAGUUCGAGAAGAACUUCAUCUCCCAAGGUGCCUACGAGAACCGGAGCGUGUUUGAGACUCUGGACAUCGGAUGGCAGCUCAUGAGGAUUUUCCCCAAAGAGAUGCUGAAGAGGAUUCCUCAGAGCACCUUGGCCGAGUUCUACCCCCGAGAGGGAGCGCUGCAGGAUGUUGUGGAUUAUCGUCGCUUUGUUUUCUUCUCGUGCCAAGAGCUUGAAGUGAUGGUAAAUCUGUGUUUCAUGUUUUCUGCUUCACAUCACACAUCGGGCCUUGAAACAUCCAUGAAUUAUGUAUUUCUGUUUGACGGUGUGUGCGCGCGCUCACUGGCUGGAUGUAAACGAGCUGCAUGCGCUGUCGUUGAUGUUCGCUGUCGGUGUCACGUGGAAUAA